AUGGACGCUUCAUUCGGACCUAAUGAAUCAGGAACAAAUGAAGCGCUUAUUAAUAAUUCUUCUUUUUCGCAAACUUCUUUUUCUUUUUUUAAUUCUAUAAAUGAAAAAAACAAAUUUAAUCAAUCUAUAAAACAUAUAUUAAAACCUACAAAUAUUUACAAAAAACAUAAUCUUGUAUCUACUCAAUAUAUAAAACAUAAUAAUGAAACAAAUCUUAAUGAAUGCACUGCUACACAAAAUUCUAUAAUUACCCGAGGAAAGAAUGUUACAACACCCACAAUUCCACUAAUUACAUCCACGCCACAAUCCAUUAAUCCUGAUGUGUCUAUAGAAGAUAAAUAUUUAAAUAGAAAAAGUAACGAUUGUCAUUCUCUGCAGAAUUACAUGGAUAUUAAUAGAGCUUCCACAGAUAAAAAAGUACAUUUUUCUUGUAUUUCGGAAUUGACUCAAGAAAAUAAUUCGACUGAUACAAAAAAUAAGUGGAAUAUGGGAGAAGUACAUAUUACUUGUAAUCCACUUUCAACACCAUAUCCAUAUUCCACACCCCAUCAUAAUAUUAUAAGUGAAACUGUAACAGAAUCGCUAGAUGAUGAACCAAAAAGUCGAAGUUGCGGAAAUUUUUUGCCAAUUUUAUCAUUGAUUCCACAAACAGUAAUCAGCUUUCAAUAUUUAAGCCCAAAAAUGAAAUUUUCAUGGUGGAGAAACAAAAUCUCGUGAAGGUACGCUUAAGUAGACCAUUUAGCGCAAUUGUUGCUAGUGGUCUUAUAGCACAAUUAAAUGCUAUUUGGUCAAGCUCUAUGAAAACCUCUUACCUCGUAGUUAGUUUCCAAUCUUCAUCAAUUAGAGGUAUCCUAUCAUCGCUAUACUUAAAUGUCAGCCUAUACCUCUUUAUUAUUAUAAAUAAAAUCAUACUGAAAGAAUGCAUGCAAAUAGAUUUUAAAAGCAUAAAUAGUUCUUUCAUUCUAUGGAAACGUUUUGCACAAUGUACAACUUUGAAUUCUUUCAAAACAAUAUUGUACAUUACGUUUCUAUUGGAUCCUCUAGUCCAUGAAGUUUUUCCUACAUUUAUUAAUUUAUAGGUAGAAUAAAACAUAAAGUAUCCUUGUUCCAUGUGAAAAAUUCUCUUAUAAAGUCUAGUUAAUCAAUAUUUCUUGUAAGAAUUCAUUUUAGAAAAAUCAAAAUAGAUCAUAUUACAAUAUUACAGGAUAUAGUUUCAAAUGAGAUAUAUUAGUAAUAUCGGAAUUCUCUUAAAUUUAUUUUUAUUAUAAAUCAUUUUUUCAGAUAAAAGGAUAUCUAUUUUAAAAAAAUUCUUUAUAAAAAUUAUUUUCUAAUUAAAAAAUAAUUAUCUAUUUAAAUAUAUUUUUUCUAUUUAUAUUUAUAAAUAUAAAUAUGAAAUAACUUUUUUCUUAAUUCGAUGUAUUAUUUCUAAAAAAAUUUAUUGAUUCAUAUAAAUAUCUAUAAAAGAUUUAUUAAACUUUUUAAUGUCGUAAUUCAUCAGAGUAUGAUUAAAAUAUUCCACAUGUGAAUAACUACUAUAUGUGAUAUUAUUAAAAAUAUGAAAAAUAAUACACCAGUUGGUGUUGUACAAUGUUGGAAAUUUAGAUUAGAUCUUUGUAAACCUGAUAUAGAUUUCCUUACUAAAUUAAUAAUCAUUCUAUGAAAUGGAAAGAGCAUUGAACUAGUUAAAUUACUAUGAUUAAUUAAAUCAUUCCUAUAUGCGUGUGUGUAAAAUAUGUGUGAGCGAUGUAUGCAUAUAUGACAAAUAUUUCUUCUAAAAUUUUUAUUUUUCUGUGAGAAAUAUUUAUAUCAACAAAGAAGCAACCAUAUUUCUAAAAAGUUGAUUAAAAUUUAACUUUUGUUAAAUUUAAUUUUUUGAAUAUUCAAGUUUUUAUAAAAAAAAUUUAUAUUUUGUUAUUUUUUCCUCUGCUUGAUUUUCAAUAUUUCCUGUAUAAAAUCAGUUGUAAAAGUUAUUUUCAAUUAUACUAUUUAUUUUAUUUGUCAACAAAUAAAUAGGUUUUAUAAGUAUCUAUAUUCUGUUAAAUUUUAUUUUAUAAUAUUUCCAAAAAAUAUUUUAAAAAUAAUAAUAAUGCAUAAUUUUAUAGUUACUCAAAUACAGUAAAUUAUAAAAAUAUUUCAGUUUUCAAAGAAAGAGAGAGAGAGAGAGAGACAAUAAGAAUUAUUUAAAAAGUAUUAUCUAAAAAUUUUGUUUCACAUACUUAUAAGAUGUUUUAAUUUUAUAAAUGUACUAAUAGUAAUAACUUAAUAUUCUUUAAAAACAAAUAUAAUAAUCUUUAAUCAUGAAUGAGAAUAUAAAAUUUAUAUUAUAUUUAUUUUUUAUUUUAUGAAUGUUAUACACAUGUAUGUGUAUAUCUAUAUAUUUCAUUUAAAUUACAUAUAAUUUGUAAAAAAUUUAUUUUGUUUAAAAAUAAUGAAGAAUCUGCACUUUUUACAAUAUUAAUCAUCUAAUAAUAUAAGUAAAUAAAUAAUGUGGUAGGUAAUAUACAUUAGUCCUAUUAUAUGCUUUCUAAAAUGUAUUAUCUUUUGCUAUAGAUUAUUGUUGCAUGUAAGAUAACUUAAUUUCUGUAUUAUACUCAUAAAAUAAAGAUUAUAUUUAGUCAAUUAA